CCUUGUCCAUUUGACCAAUGGAGAAUACUGGACACAGAAGGCAUCACAGUAUACUGGGAAGUCUCACAGAGAAUUGUUCGAGGACAACUGCAGGAAAAUUUAUCAUAACAUGUACAAACAAGCAAGGACAGAGUUUUUAGAUGACUGAAAUUAUGCCAAGAGAUCGUCAUUAUUACCUUGCUCUGGAAUUAUCAGAUUGUAAUUAAGUUUCAAGUUAAAAUUAUAGCUGGUUCAAAUUGUCAUUGUCCCCAUUGCAACUGAGCAAAUACAAGUUUUCACUUAUAUUUCAUAGUUUAAGUUCAACUGGCAUAUAGAAAUGUACUGGUCCCAGAUUUCAUGUAGUAGUAUCUGACCAAGGUCAGUAUAGAUGUAUUUCUUCUUUCUCCAAUAUAGUAAACUUACUUCAAUGUUUCACAGGUGUACAAAUACUUCAUAUUUUACUGUCAGAGAUAUUAUACUCUCAAACUGAUAAUAAUGUUUAAUUGGGACAGGACACGAGGUAAAAAAUGUUAGACUAAAAUUUGAAGUUAAUUAAGUCAUUUUUUGCUUAAUUUUACCAAUAUUCUAUAAUUUUUUUACACAGAUUAUUGCAUUUAAUCAAAAUGUCCUUCAUUUCAAAUUCCAGUGUAUGGGAUAACAGUCAACUAUGUUAACCAUUUUAGAGGACCACACUUUUUUCAUUUACUCAUAAUAACAGAAUUUUGUAAAUAAGUGUCUAUGUUUUUUAUAGAUAUUAUCUCAUUAUUUGUCUUCAUUUUGAUGUAGUAAAUUCUUUUUGCUCAGGAAAUCACAGAAUGUUCACUGUCAAGUUUGUCAUUUUCUUUUGUAUCAACUGCAAUACAUGUACUGCACUUGGUCCAAAGACACCAGAAAUGUUCACUUUGAUACAUUUCAUCAAGAGCUUUAAUUGCUUUACUAUUUUAUAAUAAAAGUUCAUCCUUGCACACACA